AUGACUGAUGUUGUAGAAAUUAUCGAAGGCGAAGUUGCUCAAAAAGAGCUGCAAAGUGCAGCCAGUAGAGUCCGACCUCGGCCACCAGCACAUAGCCGAAUCCCAGCCCGUAACAACUCGCACCAAAGUAAACUCAAGCCAGUGACAGAGCGAGAUGAAAGCGAUGACAUCGAAGACCUGUCAGCUUCCGUCAGGUCUUUCGACGGCAUCGACACUGAUGCUCUCAAACGGCUAAGUGCAAUGAGCAUAAUGAGUACAAUAGACGACUCUGAUCGGAGCAUCUUUUCGGCUUCAUCGUCUUCAUCAUCAGGAAAACGAAGUGGGUCUUUGAAUGCAAAACACGUGCCAGAACAGUUCCAAUCAAUGGACAGCCUUGGUGGUAGCAAUGAGAGGUACAGCUUAUCAUCCAAUGACAUUUCAUACAAUUCGCAGUUUGAUUCAUUCUCUUGCUCAAUAUCAAGCCAUGCCUUCUCCAAGUCAUCCCAGAGUACUCUUGGUAUCAGCGGGGAUAUUAUUGAAAGUAUGGGUGAUUUGGGCCAGCUUCUCGAGCCACCUACAAACAUUUAUCAAGCCCAAGGUACAAACAGGGGCCCUAGAGUGUCGGGUGGGAGUGGGAAUGGGAGCACAGCUACUUUGCCGAGCUUAUCUGAAUUCAGUGCAAUGGGAAGCACCAGUAGCAUGCCAAGCUUGGCAGAUUACAGCAUGGAUCGGAGUGGACACAGUUCCAUUAUGCCAGGCUUGGGAGGCAUCGUGGAAGAAGAUGUUUCAGCAGGUAGUUUUAGCUCAUUCAAUACUGGAGCAAGCUUUUCUACUGCGGCUACUGAGGAAGUAGGAGUUAUUAUCGGUGGACGUUCUGUGGCAGAAAUUCUGAAAGAACAAGAACAUAUCGCGGGCAGAAAUUUAGAUGUUCUAGAACCCACUAUCCGACCCAAAAAGCCACAAAUGCAACAACGAUGGAGCUCGGAUGAAAGGGAGUCGAGUACGGGAAACGCAGAAAUCAUAGACGAUGCACCUCCCGCGGUGGCGUCGCGACAAGAGUCCGAUACUUCCUCCGUCUAUGAAAACAGUGAUCACGUGCAGGAUUUGCCCCCAAGAAUGGCCCAGCGUCGAACUUCAAAUUCUCUCUCCAGUCGAGGGCUCUCGCAGACUCCACCAAGUUCUCUCUCCAGUGAAGGCCUCUCGCAGACUCCUGCACUUUCACCUGUUGGUCCUCCUCGCAAGUCUGUUUCUGGGCGAACGAAGAGGACCAUGCUGCCUGGGAUUGGUGGAGACACAAGAGUAUCGGAUACCUCUUUCAGGCUAUCGUCGAUACCUCUUCCUACUGGAUUCGGCGAGUUAUCCGAGCACAGCCCCGUCCCGAAUGUGGCCGCGCCAAGGAUGGUUCUGCGUCAGGACACUGCUUCUUCUUCAGUAUCUACUAUUGGAGGUCUCUCACAGAUUCCAACACUUUCCCCUCAUAAUCAUUCCGAGGGACGGAAAAUAGUCGUACCUGCACAGGCCGAAUCUAUAGAGACGGUGCAGGAGGUGGUACCGACAAAUGGGAGGCGAGCUGGGAAAUUUGCUGGUGGGAGUGAAAUGGAUUCACCUCCAGCAGUGGCGAUGCGUAGAAUUUCCGAUGAGCUUGACGGGCCUCUUGUCGAUGCACCAGCAGGCAUGGUAUUCCUUUGA